AUGAAAGAGCUAGAAGAAUAUAAUAUUUACAAUGCAUUGCUUAAUGUAGCAGAAAUUAAUGAAAAUAAACAAGAUGCAAUUAUUACUGACCAGGAGGAGUAUAACUUGGAAGAUGAACUUAAAUCAUUAAUUACUCACCUGUCAAUUGAUGACUUUUUUAGUGCUAAUAAAUACAUUCAUAUUGAAGAUAAUAAAAUUGAAAGUAGAAUCAUGGAUGAGAAAAUUUUGAGGACAGUAACUGAUGAGAAUGAAGAAGAAAAUAAACUUGUUAAUAAUGAAGUUAUUGAAUUAAAAAAAGUUAGCAGCAGUGAAGCAAAAAAAGCUGUGAAUAUGAUUUUAAGGUUUUUACUUGA